AUGGCCCCGCCCCAGUCUGGCCCCGCCUCGCGGCCCGGGAGCGCGCGCGCGCGCGCGUGCGAGCGGGAGAGGGGCGGGUGGGGAAGGAUCGCAGGCAACAUCCCGAGGCGAGGCUCGCGCGCCCGCCCCCGCCCUGGCCCCCAGCGCCCACCAGGUGGGCCCGGCUCAGCCAUGAUCAAGGCGAUCCUCAUCUUCAACAACCACGGGAAGCCGCGGCUCUCCAAGUUCUACCAACCCUACAGUGAAGACACACAACAGCAAAUCAUCAGGGAGACAUUCCAUCUGGUAUCUAAGAGAGAUGAAAAUGUUUGUAAUUUCCUAGAAGGAGGAUUAUUAAUAGGAGGAUCUGACAACAAACUGAUAUAUAGACAUUAUGCAACACUCUAUUUUGUCUUCUGUGUGGAUUCUUCAGAAAGUGAACUUGGCAUUUUAGAUCUAAUUCAAGUAUUUGUGGAAACAUUAGACAAGUGUUUUGAAAAUGUCUGUGAACUGGAUUUAAUUUUCCAUGUAGACAAGUACAUUUGUCAUAUUCCACAUGCUGUCACAGUGGGAUCCCUGAUCACCAAGCUGCCACUAUCUGGAACAUUGUCAGUUUCUAUGUCAAAGAGAAAAGAGUUUUCAUGGGUUCAUAAUAUUCUUGCAGAAAUGGUGAUGGGGGGAAUGGUGUUGGAGACCAACAUGAAUGAGAUUGUUACACAAAUUGAUGCACAAAAUAAACUGGAGAAAUCUGAGGCUGGCUUAGCGGGAGCUCCAGCCCGUGCUGUAUCAGCUGUAAAGAAUAUGAAUCUUCCUGAGAUCCCAAGAAAUAUUAACAUUGGUGACAUCAGUAUAAAAGUGCCAAACCUGCCCUCUUUUAAAUAACAAAUUAAAAAGGCCAUUCCCAGGUAAAAUCCAGGGGGAAUAGUCAUCUAAGUUUACCAUGCAGUUGUUUACCAAAAAUAGAGGAAGAGAGUCUCAACUUUUGCUCUUGGAUUUAAGUCAAGGUACUAUCAGAAGUUGUAUAAAAUUAGUGUGGAAGUUUAGUGUUGCUUUUCUUGCUCAGUGAUUUUGAAGAAAUAGUGUGAUUUUCUUUCUUUUUUAAACUGCAUUCCUGUGCCCACCUAAGGCAUGCCUCUCUGUAUUGGCUACUAAAGUGUUUCAAAAAGUGUUUGGACAUUUCUUUAAAUUAUUCACAACCCAAAAUGUUGGUGUUUUUUAUGGAUCCACAAAUGCAGCAUUCCUUAAUUCUUUGUUAUUUGUCAGAAUUGUUAUUUAAGGAACCAAGUAUGUAUUGCAUGAAAACAUGACUUUUUUCUCUUAGUUUAAAUAAACUCCAAGGUAACUGGACUUCUAAAGCA